AUGCCUAAGCAAGACGUGUUCCACCUCCGCCCUUACGGCUGGGAAAACGAUCCCGAGGAGGAGAGAUUCAAGGUCACCACCCUUGACUAUCUCACUGCCUGUACAUACAACAAUUACGCUCUGUUCUUCAAACUCGAGGAUACAGACAAGCCACAUGCUGUCGAAGUCCUGAAGGCUGGCCUAGAGCGGACCAUCGCUCAGGCCCGACACUAUGCUGGUGUCAUCGAGAAAGACCCCGAUUUUGGUCACUCAUUCGUCAAGAAGAAGGACAGUACUGUUCGUCUCUUCGUGCAGUACCUUGAUGACCCAAAAGAUGGGUAUCCGACUUUCCAAGACUUCGAGAAGUCCAAUUUCUCUGCGGUCACCAUGGGCGACCUGAAGCUGUGGAGUGUUGAGCCGAUGACCUACGGCGAGAAGCCGGAGGCUCAUCCCGACAAUAGGCCAGUUGCCUCAGCCUUCAAGGCAAACUUCAUCCGAGGUGGUCUGGUUCUCAACAUCCACCAUCACCACUAUUCGAAUGAUGUAAUGGGAUGGGCUGGCUUUGUCCAUCAGCUGGCGGAGAACUGCCACGCCGUCAGCAAGAAAACCCCCUUCCCCUCUUGGGACCGAAAGAACUUGGACCUAUCUUGGUUCUGCAAGCCAGACCCGCCAGAGACAGCCAAAGUUGACGGCCCUCCACCGCAGAGUCGCCACCCAGACCACACCACUGGCCAGUCACUUCUCUUCCACCUGCCCAAGAGCAAAGGUGCCGAGCUGAAGAAGUUGGCCAACCCUGAGGACGGCACUUGGAUCUCGACUUACGAUGCCUUCUCCGCUUUUAUCUGGCGUACCCUGAGCCGUGUCCGCGCCCCCGUCUUCAAGACAGAUCUCUCAUCAAAGCUGUUCUGGGCUGAGGCCAUAGACAUGCGGCGGCGCAUGCAGGUCCCCGCGCGCAUCCAACACAACGUCAUGUUCGCGGCCCUGUCCGACACAUCUCCCGUCGAACAGCCCACCGCAGGCGAGGUUAUCUCAGAUUGGCCGCUGUGGAAGGUUGCACGCUACGUGCGCCAAAUGACCAACACCGUGACUGAGUCGAGUCUCUCCCAGACGCUGGACAUGGUCUCCACCGUUCGCGACAAGACAAGCCUGAACAUCCAGAUCGACUCGAAACCGCCGCUGUCCAUCCUCCAGACCGACCAUCGCGAUGCGAGAAUCAACGAGACAAAUUGGGGAUUCGCGAGGCCCACCACCUACCGCCACGUUAUUGACAGCAUUGGCGUUGGUGUCAUCGUCAUCUACCCGCCUCGUGACCCCUCGCCCGAGUCCGACGAGGGCCCUGAGUUUGCUAUCUUUUACGAGAAGCGGCUGGCUCAGACCCUGAUCGAUGACCCAGAGUGGAACAAAUUCUUCGAAUACCGAGGUGUUGAUGCCGAGGAUGCUUUGGCCACCGUUGCCUAA